GAACCCGAACCGGAAAUGGUGAGCAGGAGCUGGAGGCCCGGCUGCUGAGGCCCGGAGAGCGCCCCGCACACCGGCAGCCGCCCCGCGUCGUCAAAGGGACUGCGCCCGUAGAGUAUGCGGAGGACGUUGCAGCGCAGUCAUGGCAUCUGAGGAGAGCUCCCUGCAAGCAUUGGAUAGUCUAAUGACAGAGUUUUUCCACAAUUGCACAACCAAUGAACGGAAAAGGGAGAUCGAGGAGCUGUUAAAUAACUUUGCCCAGCAGAUCGGAGCAUGGCGGCACUGCCUCUACUUCCUUUCCAACACGCGCAACGAAUACGUGAUGAUGUACAGCCUGACCGUGUUCGAGAACCUCAUCAACAAGAUGUGGCUGGGUCUCCCGAGCCAGGAUAAGAUGGAGAUCCGCAGCUGCCUGCCCAAGUUGCUCCUGGUACACCACAAGUCCAUACCGUAUUUCAUCCGUAACAAGUUGUGUAAAGUGAUCGUGGACAUUGGUAGACAGGACUGGCCCAUGUUCUAUCAUGACUUUUUCACGAGCACCCUGCAGUUAAUUCAGGCGCCUUCUACAACUUCUCUGGGUCUGAUUAUGUUGAAAACCACUUCAGAGGAGCUGGCCUGCCCGCGGGAGGACCUCAGCGUGGCGCGCAAGGAGGAACUCCGUAAACUGCUGCUGGAUCAGGUGCCAACAGUACUGGGGCUUCUCACAGGUAUUUUAGAGACCAUUUGGGAUAAAAACAGUGUUAUGGCUGCUACUCCACCUCCCUCCCCAACGUCAGGAGAUAGUGGUGAUUUGCUUAGCAGCCUGUUACAGAGUCCCCACGCUGCCAAAUUAUUAAACCAGCCAAUCCCUAUUUUGGACCCUGACAGUGAGUACAUUUGCUCGCUAGCGUUGGACUGUCUGGCCCAUCUCUUCAGCUGGAUCCCACUCUCCACCAGCAUCACCCCUACUCUUCUGACCACGAUCUUCCACUUUGCUCGAUUUGGGUGUGACACGCGUGCCAAGAAACUAGUUGCUGUCAACGGAAAUGGCCACAACAACAGCAUGACCCAGGAGCGGGGGAGGCUGGGCGUACUCGCCAUGGCUUGCAUCAACGAGCUUAUGUCAAAGAACUGUGUCCCUGUGGAAUUUGAGGAGUACCUGUUACGUAUGUUCCAGCAAACCUUUUACCUACUGCAGAAAAUCACCAAAGAGAACAAUGCACGCUCCAUCAAGAGCCGACUGGAGGAGCUGGAUGAAAGUUAUGUGGAAAAAUUCACGGACUUCCUGCGCCUCUUUGUAAGUGUCCACCUGCGAAGGAUUGAGUCCAACUCCCAGUUCCCUGUAGUGGAGUUUUUGGCACUUCUCUUCAAGUACACAUUUCAUCAGCCCAGUCACGAGGGUUACUUCUCCUGCCUCGACAUCUGGACCAUAUUCUUGGAUUAUCUAACCAGUAAAAUCAAGAGCCGUCUCGCAGACAGGGAUGAGGUGCUCAACAGGUACAAAGACGCGCUUGUUCGUCUGCUGACUGAGGUUUUGCAUCGAAUCCAGUUCCGUUAUAACCAGGCCCAGCUGGAAGAACUGGAUGAUGAGACCCUGGAUGAUGACCAACAGACGGAGUGGCAGCGCUACCUGCGGCAGAGCCUUGAGGUGGUGGCCAAAGUGAUGGAGCUCCUCCCCUCACAUGCGUUCUCUACGAUAUUUCCCAUUCUACAGGAUAACCUUGAUGUUUAUCUGGGAUUGCAGCAGUUCGUAGUCACCUCAGGGCAAGUCCACAGGUUGAACAUCACAGCAGAGAAUGACUGCAGGCGCUUGCACUGUUCACUGCGGGAUCUCAGCUCGCUGCUCCAGGCCAGUGGCCGUUUGGCUGAGUAUUUUAUUGGGGACGUCUUUGCUGGCAGGUUCAAUGAUGCUCUGAGAGUGGUGGAAAGGCUAGUGGAAAUGACACUAUACGGAUCCCAGAUCAAGCUGUAUGACAUGGAAACAGCAGUGCCAUCGGUACUGAAGCCAGAUUUGAUUGAUGUUCAUGCUCAGUCACUGGCAGCACUGCAAGCCUACUCACACUGGUUAGCUCAGUUCUACAGUGAAGUUCAGCGCCAAAAUCCUGAGCAGUUUGUGUCGCUCAUUUCCACUGCCAUGGAGGCCACUGCUCCCCUCAUCAGCUCUAAGGUGCCAGAGAAGCUGCUGCUGUCAGCGUGCCAUUUGCUGGUGUCGUUAGCCACGACCGUGCGGCCAGUGUUUCUGGUCAGGAUCCGGGCCAUCCAGAAGGUCUUUGAUAGGAUCACGGAUGGCUCUGCUCGACAGCUCCCUCCAGAGGCGAGGGUGCUGGUUUGCAGGGCCUUGUCCAACAUGCUGCUUCUACCGUGGCCGAACCUUCCCGAGAGCGAUCAGCAGUGGGGGAACCGCUCCACCAAUCACGCCAACCUCAUCUCCACCCUGACCAGAGAAUACCGGCAGCUCAAGGCCAGCGCAGACCUCUCACAGAGUAAAGUGGGGCUGCAGGACCCCAAAAUGCUGGUGCAGCAGACACUGAGUAUCCUGAAGUACAUUGUGGAGAAUAUCUCUGGAGAGGUGACCAAAUCCAGGCAGAUCUGCUACCAGUCGCUUCAGGAGUCAGUGCAGAUCUCCCUUGCGCUUUUCCCCAUCUUCAUUCACCACCCUGGUGUAAUGGACGAGAUGCUGAGCUUUUUCCUCACUCUGUUCCAAGGCCUGAGGGUGCAGAUGGGUGUCCCGUUCACAGAGCAAGUCAUCCAGACGUUCCUCAACAUGUUCACUAGGGAACAGUUGGCAGAGAGUAUUUUACACGAGGACAGUGGAGGCUGCCGUGUGGUGGAGAAGUUCCUGAAGAUCCUGCAGGUGGUGGUGCAGGAGCCAGGACAAGCUUUCAAACCCUUCCUCCCCAGCAUCAUCUCCCUGUGUAUGGAGCAGGUCUACCCCAUUGUGGCCGAGCGCCCCUCGCCUGACGUGAAGAUGGAGCUCUUUGAGCUACUUUUUCAGAUCCUGCACCAUAACUGGCGAUUCUUUUUCAAGUCCUCCAUCCUGGCCAGUGUGCAGCGUGGAGCAGCUGAGGAGCCCAUGGAGAACGAGGUGCACUUUAUUGCCAUUAUGCAGGCUUUUGGCCAGUCUUUCUUGCAACCGGACAUUCAGAUCUUCAAGCAGAACCUACUGCAUCUGGAGACCCUCAACACCAAACACAAGUUGUACCACAAGAAAAUUUUCCGUACAACAAUGCUGUUCCAGUUUAUCAAUGUGCUGCUACAAGUGCUAGUGCACAAGUCGCAUGAUCUGCUCCAGGAAGACAUCGGCAUUGCCGUGUACAACAUGGCUUCUGUGGACUUCAGCAGCUUUUACACUGUGUUUUUGCCCCAUUUCUUGGGCUGUUGUGAUGGCAUCGACUCCAAUCAGAGGACUGUACUCGGCAGGAACUUCAAAAUGGACAGGGAUCUGCCUUCAUUUACACAGAGUGUGCACAGGCUGGUGAAUGACCUGCGUUACUACAGGCUUUGUAACGGCAGUUUACCUCCGGGAACCAUCAAGCUAUAGCCCCUCUGUGCCAACUCAUGCCUUUCCCUCGUCCUGUCGCCAGGCUGUCGGUGUAACCUGCUAGUCGGACCCUCGGUAUGAUGCUGCAGCAAUGUCUGUGUCUUUGUCCGGCAGGAAUCACUGGUUGUAUUCAGUAUCUUUGACAUGAUGCCGAUAAUCAUGUGGCCAACACUGAAUAGACGUCGAACGUUUGCACCUUCGCAUCA